AUUCCCUUUCAUAUUCGCGCAAAAAAUUGUUCAGCUUUGCUUUUAUUGGUCAAGUCUUGUUCAGGAAGAACCAAAUUAAUUAAUUGCUUGAAAUGAUAGAAGAAAACUCAUCAAAAACUGCUCGGGUGCCAUGGGUAGAGAAAUACCGACCUUCACAUCUGGACGAAUUGAUAUCUCACGAAGAAAUAAUAUCGACAAUUAAUCGUUUUAUUAAUCAGAAACAGUUACCACAUUUGCUUUUUUACGGGCCACCUGGUACGGGCAAAACUAGCACAAUAUUAGCAUGCGCCAAACAAUUAUACACACCGGCCCAAUUUAAGUCAAUGGUUUUAGAGUUAAAUGCUUCAGAUGAUCGUGGUAUCGGUAUUGUUAGAGGGCAGAUAUUAAAUUUUGCCUCAACUCGAACCAUAUUCAGCGGUACUUUCAAAUUAAUUAUACUGGAUGAAGCCGACGCCAUGACCAAUGAUGCACAGAACGCUCUCAGGCGUAUCAUUGAACGAUAUACUGAAAAUGUACGAUUUUGUGUUAUUUGCAAUUAUUUAAGUAAAAUAAUUCCCGCCGUGCAAUCUAGAUGCACCCGCUUUCGAUUUGCUCCAUUAUCGCAGGAACAGAUAUUGCCCAGAUUAAAUAAGAUAAUUGAAGAGGAAAAAGUUAACGUAACAGAAGAUGGCAAAAAGGCUUUAAUUACCUUAUCGAAGGGUGAUAUGCGCAAAGUACUUAAUGUUUUACAAAGUACCAGUAUGGCUUUUGAUACGGUCGAUGAAAACAACGUUUAUACAUGUGUAGGCCAUCCAUUGCGCCGCGAUAUCGAAAAAAUAUUGGAAACCCUCUUGGCUACCAGAGAUUUUGCACAGGCAUACGAUGAUAUACAAAGCAUCAAAUCCGUUAAGGGUUUAGCUUUAGAGGAUAUACUUACCGAAUUACAUUUGUUUGUCAUGCGACUUGAAAUGCCCAUGAGUGUUAUGAAUAAUUUAAUAAUUAAAAUGGCUGCAAUUGAAGAGCGCUUAACUAAGGGCUGUACAGAAGCACCGCAACUUACCGCUUUAGUAGGGGCUUUUUUCAUUCAUCGGGAUCAAGUAACCCUUGAAACUUAAUUUUAAUUUAUGCCAUUGCUAACCCACUGGCAUUCAUUUUCUAAGCUUCAAUUUGAGCUUAGAUUAUCUAGUGUAUGUAUGUAAAGCGAUCAUUCUUAAAGCAGUUUUUUUUUUUUUUUCUAAAGAGAAGUGUGUUUUGAAUUCGUACCGAAUAAUAAUUAAUUAUCAUAUUUCUACACUUUGUUCAAAAGGGUAAGUUUCACUAAGAAUAUUUAUUAUUUUUAUAUUUAACAUGUUCCCUACUUAGACAACUUUCAAGUCUUAGAGCAUUCAAAUAAUCCAAACUAUUCAUAUAAUAAAUAGUCGUAUCAUACAAAUUUUACUUAAACUUUAUACAAAAAAAGGAAAUACAACAAUAAAUAGUAAAAAAAAUUUUAUAAAAUGUGAAUACAGGAUGACAUUCUUGUAAAGUAUUUAGAAAACAUAUGGAUAAAUCGCAACGGAGAUAUAAUUUUGAAAACACAUAUACACUAUGUAUUGUGACUACUUUACUUAAAAAAAAAAAAAAAGAAACCCAACAUUUUGCAGUGCCAUCAUAAGGCUAAAUGAAUUUGGUUUGCGAGCCGAAGAUGUUGCUAUCGUUUUAUUAUGACUUAAUGU